AUGGUUUGGUACAUCCGCUUCUUGAAAUCCCCCAAGCUUGACCAGAAAGGCCAUGUCCGAGCCCUCAUCACCGUAACCACCGACCUCGGCGAUGACUUCUACCCAGCAGAUCUUACCCUCCACGCCAUAAUCGUGACGACUGAGUACGAAGAGGAUUGGAUGCCAGGCUGGCAGACUGUGAAAUGGAAAAGCGGCAUGCGAACUUUGUGGAUCGACAUUGUUAAUCUAGACGCCGGUCCAUCGGUGGAUUUGCGGCUUGUUGUGAGUUCGGAACAGAGUAGACAAGGGAACACUUUAUUAUUAGAGAACAUUUUUGAGAUCCUCAGCGUGUGGAGCGAUACAUUCGACUGGGAGAAGAGUCAAGCCAGCAAUGUGGUUGAGAGGAGGUACAGAACGGACUCGGGCCAUGAAAGAGCGGUAUUGGAAGAGACUGGCGAAAGUAUUGCCCGACAUAUCUGGGACGCGGGAAUCGCAUUGACUGCUUUCCUAAGCACACUUGUUCUACAACCAAGGCCGACGUCUGAUCUCGCCAAGCUCCUCCAGAGAACUACCCCUCGUGGUCUCAGGAUACUGGAACUGGGAAGCGGGUGUGGUCUCGUUGGUUUACAAGUUGCGGACCUCUGCUCCACAAGUGACGUCCUCUUGACCGAUCUACCGGAGGCAAUGGAUGUUCUGAACCACAAUGUCGAACAUGCGAGGUUCGUCUCCAACAGGGGCAAAAUUGCUACCGCGGUGUUAAACUGGGAUGAACCGCUUCCUGAAAGGGUUGCAAAACAGCGGUUGGAUCUCGUGAUCGUGUCUGAUUGCACGUACAACCCCGACAGCAUACCCGGGCUUGUAAAGACAUUGAGCUCGAUCGCCAUAAAUUCCCCAAAUGCUUCGGUUGUUGUCUCCAUGAAAGUUCGACAUGAUAGCGAAGCCAUUUUCUUUGAGUUGAUGGUAGGUGCCGAGUUUGCCGAGGCUGAGCAUACUGCUAUUCCGCUACCUGAUCGGUAUAGAAGCGAGACUGGGCAAGAGUUGGAGGUGGUCGAAGUUUAUAUGUACCGCAGUCGAAAGUCCGCAUAG